AUGUCUCUGAGCGCUGUGAAAUGUGGGGAGAGGCCCAGGGGAAAGUUGCUGCAGGUGCUGUUAAAAAAAGCACGUUUUAAAAAAGGGUAUUCCUUCUUUACCACCAUUAGGUCAUUUAAUUCCGUUCUGCGGUUAUUUCGACAUUCCUUUGGAUGUUUCUGGAAGGGAGGCUGUGUUAUAAAUUAUGACUUUAGCCCAAUCAGUAAAGCCAUGAAUUUUUUUUUUUUUAACUUUCUGCCAGUCACACUCAUGAUGUGUGUUCUCCCUGUCAGGAGUUGCGCUAAGAAGUGGAAAUACAAGGAUAAUGGAAAUACAAUUUUUUAA